UGGACGGCCUGGUCGUCGUUUGCGGCGGCAGCUGAAGAUCCCGGUGGUGGCGCGAGCUCCGGCCCGGCCCGCCCUUCGUCUCUUGACCUCGGUUCCCUCACUCCGGCGCGCCUCAGCCCCGCCCCAGCCUUCUUAAAUCCCUCAGCAGUUCGGAUCCGGCCGCCCGCCUCCGCCGCCACAAUGAUGAUGAUGGCACUGAGCAAGACCUUCGGGCAGAAGCCCGUGAAGUUCCAGCUGGAGGACGACGGCGAAUUCUACAUGAUCGGCUCCGAGGUGGGAAACUACCUCCGUAUGUUCCGAGGUUCUCUGUACAAGAGAUACCCUUCACUGUGGAGGCGACUAGCCACUGUGGAAGAGAGGAAGAAAAUAGUUGCAUCGUCACAUGGUAAAAAAACAAAACCUAACACUAAGGAUCAUGGGUAUACCACCCUUGCCACCAGCGUGACUCUGUUGAAAGCCUCGGAGGUGGAGGAGAUUCUGGAUGGUAAUGAUGAGAAGUAUAAGGCUGUAUCCAUCAGUACAGAGCCCCCUACCUACCUCAGGGAACAGAAAGCCAAAAGGAACAGCCAGUGGGUGCCGACGCUGCCUAACAGCUCCCAUCAUCUGGAUGCUGUGCCGUGUUCCACUACUAUCAACAGGAACCGGAUGGGCCGGGACAAGAAGAGAACCUUUCCCCUGUGCUUUGAUGACCAUGACCCAGCUGUGAUCCAUGAGAAUGCAUCCCAGCCUGAGGUGCUGGUGCCCAUCCGGCUAGACAUGGAAAUCGAUGGGCAGAAGCUAAGGGAUGCCUUCACCUGGAAUAUGAAUGAGAAGCUGAUGACCCCUGAGAUGUUUUCAGAAAUUCUCUGUGAUGACCUGGAUCUGAACCCCUUGACAUUUGUACCUGCCAUUGCCUCUGCCAUCAGACAGCAGAUUGAGUCCUACCCUACAGACAGCAUUCUAGAGGACCAAUCCGACCAGCGUGUCAUCAUCAAGCUGAAUAUCCACGUGGGAAACAUCUCCCUGGUGGACCAGUUUGAGUGGGACAUGUCGGAGAAAGAGAACUCACCGGAGAAGUUUGCCCUGAAGCUGUGCUCAGAGCUGGGGCUGGGCGGGGAGUUUGUCACCACCAUCGCUUACAGCAUCCGGGGACAGCUGAGCUGGCAUCAGAAGACCUAUGCUUUCAGUGAGAACCCCCUACCCACAGUAGAAAUUGCCAUCCGGAACACAGGCGAUGCAGACCAGUGGUGCCCACUGCUGGAGACCCUGACAGAUGCUGAGAUGGAGAAGAAAAUUCGAGACCAGGACAGGAAUACCAGGCGGAUGAGGCGUCUUGCCAAUACUGCCCCAGCGUGGUGACCAGCUCAUUGAAGCUCAGCUCCCACAGAGAUCUCAGAAGACUGGACCAGCUUUCCUUCAACUUCUGGCAAGGAGAAAAGCAAGGGGCAGCCUGUUGCCAUCCUGAGGAACGGGGUGGCUCUGGGAGCAUUGGUGGGGGCCUUCAGAUUGUCCUUCCCUGGCACACAUUCCAUUUGCUGAGCCCCAGUCCUGUCCCCGCCUACCCAAACUCUCCCUUUACUGUCUCAAGUCAAAAGAGAAGCCUCUUUUUUUGGGUUGUUUUGUUUUUGUAUAGGAGCCCCAGGCAGGGCUAGCUACGCUUUUUAAAUAAAAGACAACAGGUUAUAUUUAA